AGUAGACAAGCAUUCCCCUCUGCAAACAGUCACAUUCAAGAGCUCAAGCCAAAGAGACACUCGAGCGGACCAGCCACAGCAUACACCAGGCCAGUGUACCCAGUACCCAGUACCAGUACCAGUUACCAGACUCCGACUCCGUAUUAGACUCAGACUCCCAGAGAUACAGCAGGUCUACAUCUAUAGCCUCAGCUUCAGUGGCCAAAAGCCAGCCAAACAAUACACGUUCGUGCGUCGGUUCGUAUUGCGGCGCGCCAAAAAGUAAAAAUCAAAAAAAAAAAUAAUAAAAACACAAAGAAGAAAAAUAACCAAAAACCCAAUUCAACUUUAUACAUAUUUGCCACGUUAUUUUAUUGCCAAAUUUACUUAAGGCAUCAAGCGGGGCGCACACAAAUAAAUUAAUCACGACAAGUGCACAAACAACCAUAACAAAAAGUAAAAGAUCCAAAACAAAAAGCGGAAUACGUCACAUUUAGAACUAAAGUUGAGGGAAAGUAAUAUUAGUUGAAGGCGAAGAAGAAGUGCAGUGCAAAAUGAAUACGUGUUCAAUUGAUGCAAUGUGUUAUUGAGUGAAAAUCCAUAUAAUUGGAUUUCAAUAAAAAAAAAAAAACUAAUACUAACAAAAAUCCCCAGAGCCCCCGACGAAACUCCGCUUAGUUUUCCAUUCAUUUAAUUUCGUAAACGCGUUCCCGGAACGCGUGUGACUCCUCUUUACAUCGAACGCGUUCGAAAAAGCCGGCAACAUAACGGCGCAACUAUUGAAUAGCUUCCUGAAGGGUAGCCCCCACCAGACCACCAUUGAUAUCAUGCAGAAGCUCUAUGCAGAGCCGCCGCCCAGCUCUGCACCGGUGAGCAUGGCCAGUGCGUCAAGUGGCGGACCAGGCGGUGGAGGUUUACCGCCAACCAGCAAUAAUAACAAUCCGAAUCCCACCACAAAUGGCGGCAGCAUGAGUCCUCUGGCCCGCUCUGCAUACACAAUGAACAGCAUGGGCUUGCCCGUGGGCGGCAUGUCCUCGGUAUCACCACAAGCGGCCGCCACAUUUGGAUCCAGUGUCUUGGAUUCGGCAGCAGCUGUGGCCAGCAUGGGCGGCAGCAUGGGAGCAGCAGCGGCCAUGAAUUCCAUGGGCGGCACUUGUAUGACUCCUAGUUCAAUGAGCUAUGCCAGCAUGGGAUCACCAUUGGGCAAUAUAAAUGCCAAUUGCAUGGCAAUGUCGGCAAUGGGUGGUUCAUAUGGCUCCAUGCCACCGGGCUCACGGGAAAUGGAAACGGGUUCACCCAAUUCACUGGGCAGAUCGCGUGUGGACAAACCGACCACAUAUCGGCGGAGUUAUACACAUGCCAAGCCACCAUAUAGCUACAUUUCCCUUAUCACCAUGGCCAUACAGAACAAUCCGACGCGAAUGCUAACAUUGUCGGAGAUCUAUCAGUUCAUUAUGGAUCUGUUUCCGUUCUAUAGACAAAAUCAACAGCGCUGGCAAAAUUCCAUUAGGCAUUCGCUGAGCUUCAACGAUUGCUUUGUCAAGAUUCCACGCACACCCGAUAAGCCGGGCAAGGGCUCAUUCUGGACACUGCAUCCGGAUUCGGGUAAUAUGUUCGAGAACGGUUGCUAUUUGCGUCGCCAGAAGCGUUUCAAGGACGAGAAGAAGGAGGCCAUUCGACAACUGCACAAGAGUCCGUCGCACAGCAGCCUGGAGGCCACAAGUCCGGGCAAAAAGGAUCACGAGGAUUCCCAUCAUAUGCAUCACAGUCAUCAUCACAUUAGCCGUCUGGAUCAUCAUCAGCAUCACAAGGAUCCGAGUGGAGCGGCCGGCAUUACCGGUGUGAAUGUAUUGAGUGCAGCCCAUACCAAGGAUGCCGAAGCAUUGGCCAUGUUGCAUGCCAAUGCAGAACUGUGUCUGGGACAGCAGCCCCAACACGUGGCCACCCACCAUCAUCAUCAGCAUCACCAGUUGCAGCAGGAGGAGUUGUCGGCCAUGAUGGCCAAUCGGUGCCAUCCGUCGCUAAUCAGUGAUUACCACUCGUCAAUGCAUCCCCUGAAACAGGAACCAUCCGGCUAUACACCCUCCAGUCAUCCGUUCUCCAUAAAUCGCCUGCUGCCCACAGAGUCCAAGGCGGACAUUAAGAUGUACGAUAUGAGCCAAUAUGCCGGUUACAAUGCGCUCAGUCCGCUGACUAACACACACGCUGCCUUAGGCCAGGACUCGUAUUAUCAGAGUCUCGGUUAUCAUGCGCCCGCCGGUACCACGAGCUUGUGACAUCACCAGUAUCCAUUGGCUUAAGGGCGCGCGGAGCAGAUGCUGCGCUCGCAGCAGCAGCACCACCACCAGCAGCAGCAGCAACAGCAGCAACAACAACAGCAGCAACAGCAACAGCAGCAGCAGCAGCAGGCGGCGCAGCAACUGGCAUCCGCUACAAAUUCAGCCACAUCAGCAGCAACAGCAGCAGCAACUGCCGCAGCCAAAGCUAGCAGCAAGCAAUCAUCUGUGGCGGCGGUAGCCGCAGCUGCCGCAGUUGUCAAUUACUCCCAAAAGUUGCAACAGCAGCAACAACAACAGCAACAGCAGCAACAGCAACAACAGCAGCAGCAACAGCAGCAACAACAGCAGCAACAGCAACAGUUGCUGCAUAGCCAGCUAGCGGCCGAAUUGCAGGAGGAUUCCUCGAACAUCACCAGCGACCUUAGCGAAGAGCAACUGCAGCAUCAGGCAGCCGCCCAUCAGCAGCAAUACAAUAACUAUCAGCAAUAUGCCGCUGCCGCCAGCUAUCGCAAUUGGAAUCACAGUCUCACCUUCAAUGGAGCCGCCGCUCUACAGAAUCUACUGUAGCCCCAGCUCUGUUGGACAAGUGGCGGCUUUGUUUGCCAUCCGCCAAUUAGCGAUGAGCGGUGAGUCUGCCGCUGGCCAUUAGCACAUCCUUUUGACCGUGAUGGAUGCGGCAAGCAGCUUGAUGUGAGUAUGUAGGCCGGCUCGACUCCUCUGACCACAAACACACUCUCACACACACACACACACACACAUACACUUGUAUAUAGACCUUUACUCUAGAUACAACUUCAAAAUCCAACUCCAAGCACUUGCUUUAGUCUUGCGCCUUUUCUCUGUUCGUUUUUCUCUUUCGCAAUGAAAAAAUCCAAAAAAGUGAUGUAGUCGUAAGUGCAGUAAAUUGCAGCAAAAUAUUUCUGUUGACAUUUUUUAUGUGUUUUUUUUUUGUUGUAACGCUUAAAAAAAAAAAGAAGAAAAAUAACCACAUCAAUUCCGUGCCAUUUGUUUUUUCGCCCAGACGAAGCAAUAUCAACAAUCAAAGCGGUUAAAAAUACACAAAAAGAAAACUAAAU